AUGCGCCGCUCAUUAUUACGGGCUGUCGAGUCCACCAAACCCCUUGCUCGGGUGUCACGCUCAGUUUCGCGAGGUUACAGCACCGUCAACGAAACUGGCACCAAGGAUCCCGCCGAGUUAGACCAAAUCACUACGCUGCCGAAUGGCAUCCGCGUCGCCACCGAAUCUCUUCCCGGCCCCUUCGCAGGUGUCGGAGUUUACGUUGACGCCGGGUCUCGCUACGAGGAUGCGAGCUUGCGAGGUGUGAGCCAUAUCAUGGAUCGUUUGGCCUUUAAGUCAACCAAGACACGCACUGCGGAUCAAAUGCACGAGACGCUAGAGUCACUGGGUGGGAACAUUCAGUGCGCCUCUUCCCGUGAGUCGUUAAUGUACCAGUCCGCCAGCUUCAACUCGGCCGUCCCGACAACGCUCGGGUUGUUGGCGGAGACCAUACGCGAUCCCCUUAUUACAGAGGAAGAGGUUCUACAGCAACUUGCUACCGCGGAAUACGAGAUCAACGAGAUUUGGGCGAAACCGGAGCUUAUCCUGCCCGAGUUGGUGCACACGGCCGCCUACAAAGAUAAUACGUUAGGGCAUCCUCUGCUCUGUCCGCGCGAGAGAUUGACUGAGAUCAACAAGGCUGUUGUGGAAAAGUAUAGAGCAACUUUCUUCCGUCCCGAACGCAUGGUUGUUGCCUUUGCUGGUGUGCCGCAUCACGAAGCAGUAAGGCUCACAGAGUCGUUGUUCGGUGAUAUGCAAGGACCUAGCACGAACAAUGGACCUAGCCUGUCGGGGACCGGUGUUGACACCACCUUGUCAGAUUCAAAGUCUGAAGGACAAUUUGCGGCCGCUCCUCAGUUUACACCGACCUCAACGGUCGCGUCUGCCCCUGCCACAACCGACUCAAGCAUUCUUUCGAAACUCCCCUUUCUCAAAAAAUUCGGGUCCAAUAAUCCCUCAUCCUCAGAGUCUGCACCAGUAGAUCUGACCCAAGCUUCCCACUACACCGGUGGAUUUCUAACUCUCCCCCCUAUUCCUCCGCCAGCGAAUCCUAUGCUCCCUCGAUUGAGCUAUAUCCACCUCGCCUUCGAGGCGCUUCCCAUUUCCGACCCUGACAUCUACGCUCUUGCAACCCUCCAAACACUCCUUGGAGGUGGCGGAUCCUUCUCCGCCGGCGGCCCGGGGAAGGGAAUGUACUCUCGUCUGUAUACAAACGUGCUUAAUCAACACGGCUGGGUCGAAAGUUGCAUUGCGUUCAAUCACGGCUACACAGACAGCGGUAUCUUCGGUAUCUCCGCUUCAUGCAGUCCCACCCGCAUCAACCAAAUGGUCGAAGUGAUGUGCCGCGAACUUCAAAACCUCACCCUCGACACCGGGUACACGUCUCUCCAGCCGCAGGAGGUCAACCGCGCGAAGAACCAGCUGCGCUCGUCACUUUUAAUGAACCUUGAGUCGCGCAUGGUUGAGCUCGAGGAUCUAGGCCGCCAGGUGCAAGUUCACGGCCGGAAGAUCGGCGUCACGGAGAUGUGCAAGCACAUUGAGUCUCUUACCGUUGAGGAUCUGCGACGCGUCGCGCGCAAGGUCUUCGGUGGCCAGGUCCAUAACAAAGGACAGGGUACUGGUAAGCCUACUGUUGUGCUUCAGGAGGGUGAGCUGGAAGGAUUCAAGUUGCGUCCCUUCGCGUGGGAUGAGAUUCAGGAACGGAUAGCAAGAUGGAAGCUGGGGAGGUUGUAG